CAUCAUCAUAAUGUUAGCAUCUGAGAGAAAAGGAUCGCUCCUUCCAGUCUUACAUAUUUAUAGUGUUUCCAUAAAUUAACCACAAACAUCAAUUAAAUUUCGGAUAGCCUUGAUUUGGUGGCAAAAUCAGCUGAGCCUAAUAAACCCCGACCAACAUAUUAGGUGGAAAAGAUCCUCAAGCUAGCGGGAAUUCCUCUAAGCCUCCCCCCUCAGAUAGCACUUAUGCUGGAAAAGCUCAGAUGGGAACGGAUAGAUCGUUGGAAAGAUUAGCUCCUGUGACUUUCUCUUCAGCAGGAAUUUCUCAAGUCAAAAUCCCAGAUGAGGUCUUCAAUCGUGGAGCUGAAGCACAUAAAGAUUUUGUCUUGGGAGUCUUCACUGGAAAAACCCCUUCCUACAGCCAAAUUCAAAGCGUACUGACUCACAUUUGGGGAAAAGGCACCAAACUGGUUAUCCAUCUCAGGCCUCAAUCUCACUCUAUGCUAGUAAAAAUUCCUAAUGAAUACAUUCGCCGGAAAGUAGUAGAGCAAGAGAUUUGGCAUAUUGGGACUUCUAUGUUUUAUGUCGCACAAUGGAGUGCCCAACUAGCCAUUACGCCUCCCACGAUGGACUCCAUACCCCUUUGGGCUCAUGUUCGAGGUGUUCCCUUUGAUCUCUAUACAAGAGAGGGGCUCAGUCUAGUGGCUGGCAAUAUUGGAGAUCCGGUGGAAGCUGAUGAAUUUACUAUUCGAAUGGUCAGUCUUGAUGUCGCACACGUCAAGGUCAGAGCUAACUGUAGAAAGCAUCUCCCUUCAGUGGCUGAGCUUAUCAGGAGUGACGGAACUAUCAUCUCAGUUUCGGUUACGUAUCCUUGGGCCCCGCCGACUUGCCCUUGUUGUAAUCGCCUAGGUCACCUUGAGCAAAGAUGUCCUAAUGCAAAGUGGGCUCCAACUGCAAAGGGUUCAUCUAAAGCACCAAACACUGCUAAUCAGUCUGAGCAUCAAAAAACGCCUUCUCAUUCUCAACCAGCACCCUCAUCUCCCUCUAAGGACAAGGGAAAAGGACAUCUCCAUCCCUCCUCUGCUUCUGCUAAGGAUGAUGCAGUUGCUGCUGCUGCUUCAACCAGAGAUUCGGUUAUUACUGCUGACUGUUAUACACCGUUUGAUAAAGCCCUUGAAAGGACCAUCUUCUCUAAAGAUACUCUGGUUGCUAACCCAUUCUCGCCAGCCAUCGUAUCUCAUGAGGUAGGACCUCAAGUUUUGAAGCCGUUUAUAAAUGUCUCCUCCUCCAAGAAAAGAAAAGGAUCCCAUCUGAGUAGAAGAUCUUCCCCUGAGUCUACUGGAGGGACCAUCAGCGCAAAUUUAUUCUCAGAAAUUUCUUUGGCUAAUCCUUUUUCUCUAUUGGAACCCCGAAAUCUCGGGCAUCUCUCUGCAACAGGCUUCUCCUUCAAUAUUAAGGAACCUGAUGGGCAAUCUGGAGAUUCGGUUUCUGUCACAGCCAUUGUGCUUCCUGAAGGAUCUUCUACCCCUGUAAAGGGCUCUUCUCCUCCUGGUGGAAGAAACACAAAAAAUCUUUAA